CCAGUUCUGGGAGUUUCGGUUUCCUGUCUAGCUUACGUAAAGCGGCGACUUCGCUCCGGCGCGACAGUCAUGGCUAGCCUGGUGAAGACGCCGUCUCUGGUUGGGCUGGAAGACGAACUGACUUGCUCCAUUUGCCUGUGUGUAUUUGAGACCCCGGUCACUACGCCCUGCGGCCACAAUUUUUGCCUGCCUUGCCUGGAGAUGACUUGGACUGAUCUGCAGAUAAAUUUUAGCUGCCCCCAGUGCAGGGCUUGUUUCGAAACCCGUCCUCAGCUGAAGAAAAAUACGGUGCUCUGUAAGGUGGUGGAGCAAUUCCAGGUCAGUCAAGGCGGCCCUUCCAAAGAGGUUUGGGACGAGAAGCGGGGGAACGCGGGCAGCGGCCUCGCCACGCCGAGCAUCCCCGCGGUGACCUGCGACAGCUGCCUGGAGGUGGUGGCAGCCAAGACCUGCCUCACCUGCAUGGCCUCGUUCUGUCGGGAGCACCUGAGGCCCCACCUGGAGAGUCCAGCGUUCAAGGGCCACCAUUUGGUCCCGCCUGUGAAGGAGCUUCAGCAGAGGAAGUGUCAGUCCCAUAACAAGCUCCUGGAGUUCUUCUGCAAGAACCAUGGGGGCUGCAUCUGCUGCUUUUGCCUGGUUUCUCACAAGAUGUGCACCACCGCCCCCCUGCAAGAGGCCAAGGAGGCCAUGGAGUUACAGCUGAAGAAGAGAUUAACAGAACUCUUUGCCCUGAAUGAGAAGGCUUCACAGUCCUUGGAGGAAGUACAAGUGCAGCAAAAGCAAAUCAGUAAUACCACUAGUCGGAAGCUGGAUUUGCUGAAAUCAGAAUUCGUAGAAAUAAUAGCUUUAAUUCAUGAAGAAGAAAAUAACUCUGUGAAGAAAAUCAAGUCAGAGGAAAAAAAAGUCCUCGAUAAAUAUGAAUAUGUCCAUACAGUCCUGGGUAAGAAGAAGAAUGAAAUCCAGAGGGAGAGAGAUGAAAUAGAAGUGACUUUGACAGAGAUGGAUGACAUCACAUUUUUAAAGAAAGCAACAAAACUGCGGCAGCUCUCCUUCAGCGAUGUAUUUGUUCCCAGAAUAGAUCUGGAUCAAGGUCUGUUAGGUGCUCUUUAUCAGAAUGCCUUUAGCCUCAAAGAAGGUACAAAACAGUUAUUGACUCAACCUCAGGAAAACAAAACAAAAGGAGGGCCACAGUGGAAACCCAAAUCAGAAACCCCACCAUCACAGUCACAAGAAUUUACAUCCAGGAAUGAUGCAUAUGCUGCACAUGCCACAGGGCAGAGAAGUCAGUACCCCAAACGCUCGCAAAGUCCCAGGCAGAGAGGACAAAGCUCCAAAAGACCUGAGACAGAGAGUCAAAAGACAACUCUUGAUACCUUUUUAACAAAACCAAGAGAGGAACUUCUGCAAUUUGCUGUAAAAUUUACUCUGGAUUUCCACACUGCUCAUAAGAAUGUCAUGUUAUCUGAGAGAAACACCAGGGUGUCUGUCUCGGAAACAGUUCAGGAUUACAGACCUCACCCUCAGCGCUUCAUAAGCUUCUCCCAAGUGCUUUCCUUCCAGUGCUUCAAGAAGGGAAUCCAUUACUGGGAAGUUGAGCUGGAGAACAACAACUUCUGCGCUGUCGGCGUCUGCUAUGGGAGCAUCCCGAAACACGGGCCGGAAAGCCGCCUAGGACGCAAUAACAGCUCCUGGUGCAUUGAGUGGAUCAAUGGCAAGAUCUCAGCUUGGCACAACGAUAAAGAGAAGUGUCUGCCCAGCAACAAAGCAAAGAAGAUUGGUGUCCUUCUAAAUUAUGACGGGAGGUUUAUUAUUUUCUUUGGUGUCACUGAGAAAAACAUCCUGCUCUAUAAAUUCAAAGCAGAAUUCACAGAAGCCCUUUAUCCUGCAUUCUGGGUAUUUUCUAGUGGAGCCAGCAUUUCACUCUGCCAAUUGAAGUAAUGCCAGCUGUGCAGAGUGACACCCUCUGGCAUCCUCAUGAAGACAUGCACCCGCACGCUAUUAUGAUCUCUUUCCACAAGUUUUUUUGUCAAAUUAAGUCUGUAUUAAGUCGAAUUAAGUCUGUAAAAGAUGCAUAAUUUUAAGCUCCUUGCUUGCUUUUUUGGAAAUUCUGGGGUUACUUGACCAAUAUUUCAGCCAACUAACAGAGAUCCUUGGCAAACUUCCAUUGGGGAAACUUGCCUAGAGGGUUCUUACUGAACUGAUUUCAUCAGGUCUGUUGUGUGCCUCAUGCCUCUGAGGUCUAAGCCAUAAUGGGACAUGGGUGUGGAAGGUCUUCUUGGAGCAGAAACUUCCUUUGCUUUUGUCUCACGCUGUGCUAUGUAAUAAGAAAUGCAGAGCACAAAAUCUGUGGAUUUUCGGUGACCCAGUUGUUAACUUCUGCAUAGGCUGCACUGUUCACAGCUUUGAUCAGCUUCUAUUUGGGGUGGGCAGUUCUCACUUCCCGUGGGGUGAAUACUCCAGAGGUGUUUUCUCACUAGUAUAGAGUUUGCAUACCACGUUUGGUUGUAUGAACAGUGGACUCCAAGGAUCUUGUUUUUAGAUGACGGAAAACAAGGCUGUGCUUGGAGAUGGUGAACCUUUUUGAUUCUUCUGUCAAGCAUCAUGAAAAGAAGGGAAAGUGGUACUUUGGUAGUGCUGCUUGGAGAAAAAAGGACAGUGAAAAGGCAGCACUUCAAUUUCUGGAGCUUCUUUUAAAGACCAUGUUCCAUGGAUUUCUUUUUCUCCCUACCCUCCUUUCAGAUGCUUGGAAGAUGUAGGAAAGGCCAUUUUGUGCAAUCUGAUAAAUCCCUCUUGGCUCAGCUUAGUUCCUCAGAAUUAUAUGUACCUAAGCUAGAGCUAUUCCUCAGUAGCUGUCCAAUAGCUUUGGACAGUGUCCAUGCAAGUCAGGCCAUGAAUGUCCUUGGCCAUGCUUGCCAAAAGGGAGCAGUUUAAAAAAUCAUCAUCCUCUUGACCAACCAAUCCAUGUUGCACAUAGUUCUGUGAUUAUGGUUGACUGAGAGGGUGAGGUUCCUCCUCCUCCUCCUGUUUCUUGAAGAACUAUGUAUCUUCACCAUGAUGUUCUAGUGGAGAAUGAAGUACAAUGUUUCCACAUAGUCUUGUAGCCUUUGUUCUGCUUGCCACUGUUGGAAGUAAUUAGAUUACUCUGAUUUCCUGUGUGCUAUUCUGUAAGCAUAGUCUUUGAUCGCAUUUGGCUGUGGAACCAAGUGUUGAAGAUCACUUAAAGGACUUCCAGUAGGUGUGAAAAACCAGUCAGUAUGCCAUCUUUAAUUUCUGUCUUCCCAGAAGGCUUUCAACUUCAGUAUGUCUUCUGUUUUCUUUUUAAAAGAUGAACAGUAGACUGGGAAGAUCCACAGAAAUUAGAAGCUAAUGGUUUCGGACAACUGGUUUUAAGCUUCUUGGUAGUUUUUAUGUGGGGGGGACAACCCAAUGGCACAUGGUUAUGAGAAUUGCACAUCUAAGCCAUUGAGGAAUACUUUGCUAUGUUUUCUCAUUAAAGAGGAACAGCAAACUAGAGGUUUUGUCUUGGAAUUAGAAAAUCCAUAACCCAAAUGUAGUGGCUUAUGGAGCUGUCAGGAUUAAGAAGUACUUGUGCUAAAAAGUAGAAGGAAGUAUCGUUAUGAUAGAGAUAAAAUGAACGACAGUCUUGGCAAAUCUAGAUUUCUGCAGAACAUAUUUUGAGAUGAAAGGGCAGCCUGACUAGCAAUCUGAUUCAGCUGUAGGUUUGCAGUCAAGUAAAGGACCUAGUCUUAGGACAUUACAGGGAGAAAUUGCUUUCUAAGUAUGUCUUCUUAGACCAUGUUACUCGACUUUGACUUUGAGAAAUGUUCAAGACUCAAAUUACGGAGCUGUUAGGGAAGGGAUGCUCUGGAAGUUACUGAAGUGCAAUGGACCACUGAAAAAAUUAAAAUGUGUAUUAUCCAUUCAUUAGGUAAUAUUGGAAAGCAGCGUGUUGAAAGGCUAAGUUGAAACUGCAAGGUAUGAUGUAGAAAGAGGAAACAGAAGAGUUACAUGAAGAAAAAGAACCAUCCCUCUGAACUGAGAUCGUGACUGUAUGAAGAUAGAGAGGUUGGGAUGGAGAACCUGCGGUUUCUGCUGCAAUAGAACACAUUUCUUUUGGGGGUACUAGAAUUGGCUCUCUAUUAUGAGCCUUGCAUAGUUGAUGUUUCUCUUCAUAAAGAAGAGCUUUUUCCAAAAUACAUUCUGAUGAGACUUCCUGGCUUUUGCAUUCAGUUGUUCCUGAGACUGUAUGCUCCCAAAGGAAGUAUCAAGCAUUUUUUCAACAAAUCAUCACUUAGAUUUAGACACAAAUUCCUAAUUUUUUAAAAAAAUCUACAAAUCAUAAGGCGGCAUGUAUCCGGCCUCUGUUAUCCAAAUACUGUGUGGUGCGGAUAGUAUUCACUGGUGGCUUUGCUGAUAUCCAAAUGCCGUUAGGCCAUGGUUGCAGUGGGUGACUGUAAUUAGUAUUGAAAUCUUAAUGAUUAUACUGGAAUCACCUAAUUUUGAAAUAUCUCUGGGAUUCCUUAAGAAUCUCUCUACAUAGUUUAUUUUCUCUAAUUAAAUAUUUUAAAAUGUUUAUCCAAGCACAAUAUUGUCCAUUGGUAAAAGUUGAUCCUUAUGCCUUGUUUCUUACAUCACAAACCAGGCUUCUUUCAGGUCAGCCCCAAAUAGCAUUGUUUAUCUUACGGCAAGUCAGCCAUUGGGAUAAUGUCAGUGGCUAUGAUGAAGCAUAUUACCUUCUCCUAGUUUCUGCAAGAGAGAGCCAAAUCUCAUGCUUUCACUUUGAAAUUGUGUGUUGUUUGGCUGCAUCUCCAAUGGUCAUAUUUGCACUGUUACAUCAUUAAAUAUUAGAUCAUCAUGUUACGAU